AUGUCGUCUUUUCCAUCUGAUGUCAUUGAUUCUUCUAAUACUAAUACACUACACACCGUCAACAUGUCAAACGUGACCAAGUUAACUGCUUCCAAUUUUUUGAUGUGGAAUCGCGAGAUUCGUGCAUUGCUCGCCGGCUACGGUCUCGCCGGUUACCUUGACGGCACUACUCCUGCACCAGCUUCUACCGUCACCACAAAUGGUGCUUCUACGGUCAAUCCUGAUUACACCUUAUGGUUCAGCCUAUUUUGUCUUAAACAUCCACCUCUGCUGAGAUCUGGAGUCUUCUCUCCUCUACCUAUGCUCGCCCAAGUUGGGGUCACAUUAAGCAUAUCCGUGAACAAAUCCGCAACUGGAAGAAGGGCUCCCGAUCAGUUGAUGAAUACGUUCAAGGGUUUGUUUCUCGGUUUGAUCAGCUUGCACUUCUUGGGAAUCGAUUAUGUUCUCGCUGGCCUUCCGGAAGACUACAAACCUGUAGUUUAUCAGAUUGAUGGCCGUGACACACCUCCAUCCAUAGCGACGCUGCAUGAGAAGUUGAUCAACUAUGAGUUGAAACUUCUCUUCCAAGUUCUGUCUCGUCGUUAG